CCCGAUCCCCGCGCGCACCCCCACCACCGACCAUCUCUCACCAUCCGCAAUGCCAAUAUCGCGCAACAAGCCACCGCAGGCGCCUCCGGAGCUCCCGCUGCUGACGCCUCCGGCGACCUCGCUCGAAACCUUCACGUUCACGUCGCCGACCCGCAAGCUCAUCACCUCUCACGACCUGAAGCUAUUCCAGAACUCACCGACGCACCAGCUUUUGCUGUCAUUCACGACGGACCUGAACAACUCGGUGCUCAACGUGCCCAACUCAACUUCCGUGCCGAUCUCGCCGCUCGUGCAGACACUGCUCGACAUAUUCGACCGCGUCGAUGCGGCAAUCGACGAGUUCCCGCCCGAAGACGUCGGGCUCAGCAGGUUCGGGAAUAGGUCGUUCCAGCGCUUCUACGACGCGCUAUGGGAGCGCGCGAAGGAGUGGCAUAAGGUGCUGGACGUCCCCCAGGAGGCCAGGGAUGAGGCCGCGAGGUACUUCUGUGAGGCGUGGGGGAAUCGCACGAGAAUCGACUAUGGCUCUGGCCACGAGCUGAAUUUUUUGGCGUGGACGCUCUGUUUCCAGCAGCUGGGCCUACUGCAGCCGGCGGACUACCCCGCGGUGAUCCUGCGGCUGUUCAACAAGUACCUUAGCAUCAUGCGGCGUUUGCAGACGACAUACUACCUGGAGCCGGCGGGCUCGCACGGGGUGUGGGGGCUCGACGACUACCAGUUCCUGCCGUUCCUGUUCGGGUCUGCGCAGCUGUACUCGCACUCGUACCUCCGCCCGAAAUCGAUCCACUCGUCUGAUAUCCUCGAGGAGCUGGCGGGAGAGUAUAUAUACCUCUCCUGCAUCGCGUUCAUCAAUAGCAUCAAGACUACCGCCGGCCUCCGCUGGCACUCCCCCAUGCUCGAUGAUAUAUCCGCGGCGAAGAAUUGGGGAAAGAUUAAUGCCGGCAUGGCGAAGAUGUAUGAGAAGGAGGUCCUCGGAAAGCUCCCCGUUAUGCAGCAUUUUAUGUUUGGCGGGAUCCUGAAGGCGGUGGAGGGUAUGGGUGAGGGCCUCGGCGAUGAGGAUAGGGAGGGCAUGAGGCAUGUACACUCUACGUGGGGUGAGUGCUGCGGCAUAAAGGUUCCCGCUAGCGUGGCGGCUAAGAGGGCCGAGGAGGGCACCGAGUUGAGGAGGAUUCCGUUCGAUUAGUCGAUUAAUAUGACGGCUGUGAAAUAAGUUCGGGCGGUGGUGCUCGAGAGCGAUAAAGACUGGGUCGGUGAUUUGUCUCGCUCUCGUAUGUAUGAUACGAGGUCUGGUUAAUUUUCGCUCGUGACAUUAGAGGCACAGAACAACAGUAAUGGGCAUCUUAUGCUCAAGGUUUCGG